AUGGAGGAAUUCAAGUAUCAGUGUAAAACGGCCCAUCCGUUUACUUAUCGGGCUUUUUUCUAUAUAGGCCUGAUUGUCGACUCGUGCCUCGAUGAGGUUAUUCUCCGUGAUAAAGCGGCAGAGUUGAUCAAGGCCAAUCCGACUCUUGGUGGACGUUUGAUUCCCAGUACACGACCAUGGACGUUAUCUACAGGCUCGAAUGUCGACUUUUCCAGUCGCCAGGUGGAUCAGGAUGUAUCGGAUUUUUUCAAACAUUAUGAGACGACGAACGUCAAUUUUGAACCCAAAGCCAUGCAUUCCUUAAGCAUGCAAGACCUCGACUCGAUGUUCCUCUUCGAUCUGCCCAAGAAACUCGAGAAUCUCUUCAGCAUCCGAGCGACCGUCCUCCGCGAUGCCACCAUCCUCUGCUUCGGCUUCAGCCACCAUUUCGCUGACGCCACAUCUGGAUACAACAUCAUCAAAGCAUAUUGCAAUCUCCUCGCCAACCGAGCAAGCACAUCAUUCAUACUCCCCCCUGAUGCACAGGGGACAGGGAUGUCAGAGACGAUGAUCGAAAAAGAGACAGACUCGUCGAUCGCACCGGUCGGCUACCACGACCACCGCGAUAACUUCUCAGCCGGAUUCUGGCCUAUCUUCAUUUUGUUACUAGGUGUUUUGUGGAAUAGUCUUCUUCGCGCGACCGGCUGGCGAGAACGUCUCGAGGAGCGACUUGUCUACAUCCCCGGGGACUGGGUGAAGAUGCUCCGCAAGCAGGCUCUCGAGACGCUUCCGGCGGGCGAGAGCGAGCCCAGCAAGAAUAACAUCCUGUGUGCGUGGUAUCUGAAGAGUCUCUACGCCCCUGUACGAGCAGAUGAACCGGUGGAGUUCUACCAACCGGUGAACUACCGUCCUUGGAUUCGCCCUCCCCCAGAAGGGAAAUACUGGGUGCAUAAUAGUAUUGGUCUUUUGCGAGACAGGCUAUCUACCGCUCAGAUUCACAGUCUGUCAGUUGGUGCUCUGGCCAGCAAACUCAGACAUACCACCAUGCAGUAUACACAACCGUCGGCGAUCCAGUCGUAUCUUCGCUUCGCCGAAGACCGAUCUGCCAACCGCCAGCUGCCCAGCAUCCGGGGCAGUGGAAAUAUGCCUCUGCUUAUGAUCACACCAUGGACGGGGCUGGAUUUUUCCGGGCUGGACUUUUCAGCUGCGGCUGUUGAUGGGCAGAAGACGAAUGUGGUGUUUGUGAAUCCGGUGGUCCGCAAUAUGCGGGAUGGAGUGUGGCCGUCGGGUAUUACGAUGAAGAGCCCGGAUGGAGGAGGAUACUGGAUGCGAGGGUGGAAUACAGCGAGUGGAUGGAGGGGAUUCAACCAGGCGAUGGAUUUUGACGCGCUGGUUAGAUAGUGCAUCUUUCUUUUUGGUGAUAGUCUGGCAUCACCGUCGCACACGGCAAAAGCAAUGCGAGUCCCGAUUCGGCUGUUCCACAAUGACG